GGUCCCUGUGAGUGAGAUAAAAUAUCUGUAAGUAAAUAACCUGUUCAUGCCUGCAGUUCAGUUUUGUGUGGCUGCACAGAGAUCCACAACUGCAUGCUGUACCAGUGUUCUUAUCCUUAAAUGAUAUUUUUAACAGCUGCAGCAGUUGAAAAGCAGAAUGAGUCUUGAAAACUUUAUCUUAUUUCAGGAUAAUUUUAAUGCAAGAGUUCUCCAUUUUCCAAUUAAAAAUUUAAAGAAGUUUUGGUUGGUUUUUUUUUUAAGACAUUUGUAAGGUCUUGAAAACCUUUACUUCAUACUGUAUAAAGGAACAUCAACCGCAGAAAAAGCUGGGUGUUAAAAAGCAGCAUGCGUCAUUAGUAGCUUAGUGUGAUCACACUGUGUAUAGUCAUGUCGUACAUGGUUUAAAAAUAUAUUUUCAUUGCUAUGGACAAGUAAUUAAAAACAAAUAGGAAAUUCAGGUGUGCGAGGCAGCUGUUAAUGUUGGGGAGACUUCACAGUCCUGUAAGUUCUAAGGGUCUUUACUGGAGUUCUGAAUUCUGGUGUGUGGAGUUAAUUUUCAAAUCUAUCUUUGCCUUGGCUUGUGGAAAACCUAUUGAUCUUUGUAGCUGAUUUAGCAUGAGAAAUUAUCCACUGCUGAGUCAAGUUUUGCUCAUUUUGGGAAACAGGGUACUUGCAGCUGAUGUUUUUUCCCCUGUAUUGUUUCCAUCUUCCAAGUUAUAUUUUUAUUUUAGGAAGAGUUUUUGAAAGUAUAUGUCAUAUGAUACUUCUAACACUUCACACCUCUUGCAAUCAGUUUCAGCAAGGACUCAGGAACUUGCUACAUCCUGUUGGCUUCUAGUAUUAUUUCUAUUCUUGAUGAAGUGCUAAGGAAAGAUUUGAUUUUGUCAGUCGUGCAUUUAAUGAUUACAACUAUGCUCUUUUCCUUUUAAAUAGAUAUGCUCCUUGACUAUUUAUAAAAAUACACAGAAUAUGCAAAAAUUAGUAUUACUUUUUUUUUUAACAGGGCAGCCUAUUUGUAAAACAUCUACAAAUAGCGAAACUGUAUUAGUUACGUUAUAGAAAGCAGAGGUAUAAUAGCUAAAAAUAAAGCUAAUUCAGAAAGUCGAAGCUGUCCAGUUUUUUUUUUUUUAAAUUACUUCUGUGUGUGUGAUUGUCUGUCUAAUGUGGUAUGGCUUUUAGUAUAAAUCUGUUCUUUAUGAUGUAUUGUUUCUGUGUUUUGUAAAAUAGAAUUUUGGCAUAGCUGUUGGGCAGUGCAGUGUGGGAUAUGGCAAACUCCACAAUGGAAUUAUGGAAACCGAGCAGGCAGGCUUCUUAAGAAAGUGUAUAAUUUACUUCCAUACUUUUCAGCAGAAUCAAGUAUAUACCUACUACCCCAGUAUCUUUUUUUAACCUGUUUUAAAAACACUGAUGGGUAAUCCUGUGGAUUACCUCAAAACUAAAACUGUUUGACUGCUUGAACAUCCUUACCUGUGGAGACUGUUACAGGCGUCUCCAUAACAGGUGAAUGUAAACAUGAAACAUACUUAUCUUCAAAGUAUGGUGAGGAAAGUUACAUAACAACUAAAACAUACCAUUUCAGUAGGAAGAAAAUCUCAUUAUGGCACCAUCAGGAAGAAAGCAUGGAGGAAAGGCUGCUAAACCAGCACCGGAUUAUCAAGCUAUACCUGCUUAUGACUUUAAGGAGGAAAGUAAAGAGCUGAGUGGAUCAGAGGAAGAUAUUAGAGAAGGUGAAACACCAAUAAUGGACAAGCAUGGAAAGAAAAGACCUUUGGUAACUACUCAUGUGGUUUCGGAUGAUGUGGGGGGUGAAGUACAGAAUAUGCUGGAAAGAUUUGGAGCUGACAUUAACAAGGCUCUCUUAGCUAAGAGAAAAAGAUUAGAAAUGUAUACAAAAGCCUCACUCAAAACCAGUAACCAGAAGAUUGAAAAUGUUUGGAAAACACAGCAAGAGCAAAGGCAGAAGCUCAAUCAUGAGUUCUCCCAGCAGUUCCUGACUUUAUUUCAGCAAUGGGAUGUAGAUGUGCAGAAAGCAGAAGAACAGGAAGAAAAACUAGCGAAUAUGUUCCGUCAGCAACAAAAAGUUUUUCAACAGACAAGAAUAGUUCAGAGUCAGAGACUGAAAACCAUUAAGCAACUCUAUGACCAAUUCCUAAAGAGUAUGGAAGAGCUGGAGAAGAGCAAUGAAAGUCUUCUAGCGGGUGCACAAAGUGAACUUCGCAAAGAAAUGACUAUGUUACAGAAGAAGAUUAUGAUGGACACUCAACAGCAGGAGAUGGCAAGUGUUCGGAAGUCUCUUCAAUCCAUGUUAUUCUGA